CGAGAAGACCUUGAUAAGCAGGGAUAUAGCUUCCUCACAACCAAGCAGUUAGAUGUAGUCUACGGGCCGAACUCACCGUAUAAUAAGUCAGAUACACACCAACGACUCCACAAACUUCUUCGGAUGCACGACGAUCCACACCACCUCAUUGAAAAAGACAUUCGUUUGAUGGCGGAAGCAAAGAAAUUUCAAGUACGUAAGAGAGACGUUGUGUUGUCGCCGAUUAUACUGACGUGGCUCACAUUUCAAAGUGCAACAUUAUCCAAUGCUUGGGUCGUGCUCUCACCACUCGUGCUCUCACCUAUCACACUCUCACCUGCCGUGCUCGGUCCGAUUAUUCUCUCACCUUGGGUGUUCGUCCCGUUGGUGCUCUCACCUCGUGUCUUGUCGCCGCUGAUUGUCAAUCCGCUGGUGUUCUCACCAAUUGUCCUCUCACCACUAGUGCUCCAUCCGCUGAUUCUCGUUCCUGGUGUGUUCAAUCCAAUCGUUCUUUCACCGCUUGUACUUUCGCCACUCAUUCUUUCGCCUCAGGUUUUCACUCCUAUUAUCCUCUCACCUCUGGUACUUAACCCUCUCAUUUAUAACCCUAUGGCUGGAUCACCUUUAGUGCUAUCACCGUUCGUUCUCUCGCCAAUCAUUUGUUCUCCACAGUACCUCUUCGCUGUAGUACUUUCUCCAUAUGCGCUUUCACCGCUCAUUCAGUCCAAACUCAUUGCAUCGGAAGUCGUCAUGUCACCUAGUUGGCUUUCGUAA